AUGGAAUGGAGGACUGCUCAGGUGCUGCUAAAGGCCAUUGGAAGCUUGAAGUGGGCUCGUGAAAACGGGUGUCCAUGGGGUGAAUGGACAUGUGAGGCCGCCGCUCUAAAUGGCGAUUUGGAAAUUCUAAAGUGGGCUCAUGAAAAUGGUUGUCCAUGGGAUGGGUGGACAUGUGCAGGAGCUGCUAAGAAUGGACAUUUGGCAGUUUUAAAGUGGGCUCGUGCAAAUGGUUGCCCAUGGAAUGAAGACACAUGUAGCAAAGCUGCCGAAAGGGGCCAUAUCGAAAUUCUGAAGUGGGCUCGUGAAAAUGGCUGUCCAUGGAAUGAAGACACAUGUGUCAAAGCUGCGGAAAGGGGCCGGUUGGAAAGUCUGAAGUGGGCUCGUGAAAAUGGCUGUCCAUGGAGUGUAGCGACAUAUCGAGCUGCCCGCAGGUCUGACCGAAUUGGAGUGAUCCAGUGGCUGCGUGACAAUGGCUGCCCUGGGUCUCAUCAUGAAGGACACCAACAUCGUUUAUGGUAA